AUGAUUGCCACCUCCUCCCUCAGCGCAGAAAGACCUGGCUCUACCUCUCUCCCCCUCAUCGCCCCCGAAUCCACUGACCGUCCAGUCUCGACCGCGCCGACUGCUGCUUCCGAGGCCAAAGAGCUACCUGUGACCUACUCCACCAAUGCUCUGUUACGCGAACCCCUCGAAGAAAAUGAACUACGUCAAGUCAAUGGUGGUCGGCGUGGGGAACAAGAGCUGCCUCGUUUACAAGCAAGUGCGCAGAUAGAAGAUGGUGACAACCUGGCGCCCAUUCUCGAAGAUGAUCCGGCGUCCUUCAACCUUAUCGCUCCUCCUCCCCUAGACCAGGGCGAAAUCUUCUCGCUGGAGACGCAGACACAGGCCCUCUUCUCGAGGGGACAUCUACAGGUCAUCUUUGCCGAUCCCAGUUACCUCUUUAAAUUCACGUCUUUCCUUGGAAUGUACCGACCCCAGUCGGUGCCUAUGCUCGUGCACUAUCUGGAUUCUCUGAAAUCACUGCGGGCCAUCAAUUAUGCCAACGCCAUCUGCGAGGGUCUAGACCCGAUAGAAGGAUAUGAGUUUACACAAAGACCGGUCAAGCCGACCAUCAAUACGGCAUUGGAAGAGAGGGCGCACAAGGCUUUUGAAAUACUUGCGAUGGAGGAACUGCCUGCUUUCAUCACACAUCAGUACAUCCAAGUCGUGAGUAACAGCAUUACUGCCAGAAUAACGGGUUCGCUCUCGCCGCAACUCCGGGAAGCCUCAGAUGGGUUAGCAGAAGUGUUUUGUUUGACGGAUCCCUCGAGGCACGACAACCCGAUUGUCUUCGCCUCGGAAGAAUUCAAUCGGACGACCCAGUACGGCAUGUCAUAUGUUCUGGGUAGGAAUUGCAGGUUUUUACAAGGGCCCAUGACCAAUCCGCACAGUCUGCGGAGGAUCCGAGAAGCCCUCAAAGCAGGCAAGCAACAUCAAGAGGUCCUUCUCAAUUAUCGACGGGACGGAUCUCCAUUUGUGAAUUUGUUCAUGAUGGCUCCCCUUUCUGACAGUAGAGGCAUCGUUCGAUAUCAUAUCGGAGCUCAAGUCGACGUGAGUGGGCUUGUCAAGGACUGCUCAGAAAUGGAAUCUCUCCGAAAGCUGUUGGACCUGCGUGCUCGGGGAGAGGAUCCACCGCUGCCCGAGAAGCCUAACCCCGAGAAGAACGACGAGCUACGGGAACUGAGCGAGAUGCUUAAUCAAGGCGAGUUGAAUACCAUCAAGCGCCAUGGAGGGAAGAUGCACCGCGAAAUUGUUGAGGAUGACAUUGAGAGCGUCUCGUCUCACCAUCAACCUCGGCUGUUGCUCAAGGACCCGGAUACCAUGGUGCCAUCAGUUGCCAGUAUAAAUGGGAGACUGAGUGGCAUAUAUCAGCACUAUCUCCUUGUGCGGCCAUAUCCUUCUUUGCGCAUCCUCUUUGCGAGUCCGUCACAACGAUUACCUGGAAUUCUUCAGUCACCCUUCCUGAACAAGAUCGGCGGUUCGAAUCGAGUCCGUGAGGAAUUGACGACUGCAUUUGCCGAAGGACGAGGCGUGACCGCCAAAGUUCGCUGGGUCACUAAAGGCGACGACCAAGGCAAGAACAAGUGGAUUCAUUGCACUCCGCUACUGGGCCAGUCAGGUCAGAUUGGCGUCUGGAUGGUGGUGGUGGUUGACGACGAGAAGACCAUUGAAAGAUGGCCUACUGCAGCCGGACGACACCCACCCCAAGUGGCCGCCACAGAGAGGAGCUGGACUCCAGCUCCCGGCAGCGGGUACCAGAUAGUCGGAUCGCCCCACCACGGUGUUGGCGAAAUGAACGGCGGAUACCAGGAUCGAAAUGGUGGAGGCAGCCUGGGCAGUGCCACGGGCAGCGCGACCAGCCUGAGGAUCGGAUGA